ACUUUGCGAGUUUAAGGAUAGUUUUUUUAGCUGGAUUUUCAAAAGUAGCGCCAACAUGCCUGAAAAAUUGGAUUACGUAACGACAUUGAAGCCUGAAAUCAUCGAGAAAGCCGAAAAGGAAUUGUCGGAAGAUGAACAUUUACGUACUCAGAGUGUUAUGGCUCUUCGCGAAUGGGUCAAGAAACAACCUCAUUUAAAAGCAUUGCCCCUAGAUGCCAAGUUUCUGUUGAAAUAUUUACGCGGCUGCAAGUACAGCAUGGAGAAGACGAAAAAGAAGCUGGACUUAACGUUGACGUUACGCAGUGCCCUGCCGGAAUUUUUCAGCGGAUGGGAUCCGAUGUCUGCCGAAAAUCAAGAAGCUCUGAGUUUGGGGGGAACUCUACCUCUGCCCGGGUAUGAUCAUCAAGGUCGUAAGGUAGUGUUAAUCCGACCAGGUGCUUACGAUCCCACAAAAACCAAGAUUGAGAAUAUUCAACGGGCCAGUUUUAUGGUCUGGGAUAUAAUGAGUGACGAAGACGAGCAGAUGUUCGUUACUGGCAUUCUGUUGCUUUUCGAUUUCUCCGAUUACGGCAUGAGUCACUUUACGGCUAUGCCGUUCUCCAUGAUCAAGAAGCUGAUGCCUUGUUGGGAGGAAGCUUCGCCAAUCCGUCCGAAGAGCAUGAACUACAUCCACACGCCUUCCAUCUUUAAUUUGAUCAACAAUCUUAUCAAUAGCGUCAUGAAAGACAAAAUGAAGCAGAGGUUGCGCGUACACGGAGAAGAUUUUGAAUCCCUCUACAAGGAAAUAUCGAAAGAUGUGUUGCCCAAAGAAUACGGAGGCGAGAAUAUGUCGUUAGCUGAGCUUACUGCUUACUGGAAGAAAAAGUGCGAAGACCGUCGCGAGUUCCUGAUUGAGCGAUCCAACAUGAAGACGGUUGAGUCGAAACGUCCAGGUAAACCGAAAACGUCUGACGAACUCUUUGGUAUUGAAGGAUCCUUCCGUAAACUCAACGUUGAUUGAAGGCCGUUAUUUUAUAAACAUUUCUUUCCCGUAACAACUAGGGCAAUUUUUUUUUUUUUUGCUUCUUUUUAGUUUACCCAAAUAUUUUGUUAGAAUCGAACGUUAAGGUUGUCGUGCAAGUAUUAAGUUCUAAAUCAUUACGUUUGAAUUUUAUUGAUUUCCAAAAGGUGUCACUUAAUAGAAAUUUUGUCGAAAGUGAGAAGGCGAUAGCCUUCCCACUUUUAAUUUUUUGCAAAAUUUUAGAUUUAGUUGAAAAUACGUUUCAGAAUAGACCAAAAGGUCAUAAAAUCAA